AUUGGACAUCUAAUACAACUCAAUACAUUAUGAUGAUCAGUCUCAUAAGAAAGGUACAUCCCCUUUGACAUAUUGAUUCUAAUGAGUGGACAAGACAAUAUUACCAUUGCCAAAUUGAAAAGUCUUGACUCUUAUAUAUACCCUACUCUCUCUUUUUUUUUCUGACAGUAAAAAUAUAUUAUAUAUUAAGCUCUCAAAGUCUUCUGCUUUCUAAGCUCAAAUAUGGCGACACCUGCUGCAGAUGAAUCCUCAACCAUAGAGCUUAUCCGACAACACCUUCUUGGAGAUUUCACCUCCACUGAAUACUUUAUUAACAGCCUCAAUUUCAGUAGUUCUCCUAAAGCCUAUUAUGCUACUCAACCUGUCAAACAUGAAGCUCAAAGCCCCCCAUCUGAUUCUGAAUCCAAUUCUCUCAUUUUGGACUCAAACUACCUCAACCAACAAGCUUCUGAUUUCGAAACAAAAGGCAAUGUUAUUGACUCAACUCCAAAACCCCACAUUUCAAGUCCAAAGCACUUGUCCAAGAAAGCAUGCAUCGAGCCCAAAGUAGCUGAAGGUUCCAACAAGGCGUCAGAUUAUAGUGAGUGGAGGCACUAUAGGGGAGUUCGACGAAGACCAUGGGGCAAGUUUGCAGCGGAGAUCCGGGACCCAACCCGUAAGGGGCAUCGGGUUUGGCUUGGAACCUUUGACACUGAUGUUGAUGCUGCUAGGGCAUAUGAUUGUGCUGCCUUCAAGAUGAGGGGCUGUAAAGCCAUACUGAAUUUUCCUUUGGAGGCCGGUGCGUCUAACCACCCUCCGGGGGUAGAAACCAACGGCCGGAAGAGGAGGAGAGAGAAGAGAGUGAAGACGCCGGAAUCUGAUGAUGUGGCAGUGGAGAGUUGGGUGUUUUGGGAGGCGGAGGAUGAGAGUGGUUGAUGCAGUUAUCUUGAAGAAUGGUUGUUAUCAAGUGUUAAUAUGUUACUGGAUCUAUUUUUAAGUAUAUAAGGUCGAUGUCAUAAAAAAUAAGUAUCUUACGCACUCUAUAUGUAAAGAUUUUUCUCACAUGUAGUGAGACUCACAUGCAUGAACUUAAUGUGCUCACAUAUGCACAUGUGAGCAAUGUUGCCUUUGUAUAAGAUACCACCUCCAAGUUCGAUCCAAAAUUAAUGUUAAUGCUUUGAUCAUAAA